CAUGAUGUAUCACAGACUUUGCUCAAAGCAACUCUGGACAGUGUGGUUGAAGAGUGUGUCAGCUUUGUAGGAGUUGAUAUUAACAUCUGCUCAGAAAUACUAUUAAGACACAUUGCAGGACUGAACGCUAACAGGGCUAAAAAUAUAAUUGAAUGGCGAGAGAAGAAUGGGCCGUUUAUAAAUCGAGAACAGCUCAAAGAAGUUAAAGGUCUGGGUCCCAAAACCUUCCAACAGUGUGCUGGCUUCAUCAGAUUCAAUCAAGAAUAUAUAAGAAACUUUUGCAGUAGUAAGAAAACUCAACUUGGAAGUCAUGCACUUCUGACUAAAACGGGUGCACAGGUUAAAAACAAGAGCAAACCAUCAUGUGCCUCACGAUUCCCCAAUCCUUUGGACCAAACUUGCAUUCAUCCAGAGUCAUACAACAUUGCAAUGAGAUUUUUAUCUUUCAUUGGAGGAAACACAAAUGACAUAGGAAAAUCAGAUAUGCAGCAAAAAGUAAAUGCAGUAAUUCAAAAGGAAGGCCUGGAAGGCACAGCAAAAAGACUCAAUACGACGGUGCACACACUGCAGCUGAUCAUUGAUGGCCUGACUCAGCCUGAAGGCUUUGACAUCCGAACAGAUUUUGAUAAACCUGACUUCAAGAGAAGCAUAGUCUGCUUUGAAGACUUAAGUGUUGGUGCUGUUCUGACUGGAAAAGUCGAAAACGCGACGCCGUUUGGAGUUUUUGUUGAUAUUGGUGUGGGAAAAGCAGGUUUGAUUCCAGUGAGAAACAUAACAGAGGCCAAACUUUCAAAAGUGAAGAAGAGAAGAAGCCUGGGGUUAGGUCCUGGAGAAAGAGUGGAAGUUAAAGUACUUAAUGUUGAUAUUGCUCGACUGAGGAUAACAUUGGAUCUUAUUCGUGUUUUAUGA